AUGGGGACCACAGCCCCAGGGCCCAUUCACCUGCUGGAGCUCUGUGACCAGAAGCUCAUGGAGUUUGUCUGUAAUGUGGACAAUAAGGACAUGGUGUGGCUGGAAGAGAUUGAGGAGGAGGCUGAGCGCAUGUUCACCAGAGAAUUCAGCAAGGAGCCUGAGCUAAUGCCCAAAACACCUUCUCAGAAGAACCGACGGAAGAAGAGGCGGGUUUCUUCUGUUCAGGAUGAAAAUAGAGAUCCAAUUCGGAAAAGGUUAUCCCGCAGGAAGUCUCGGAGCAGUCGCCUGAGCACCCGGUACCUCCGUAGCAAGGACAGGGUGGAGAAGCUGGCUACGGUGAUGGGAGAGAACGGCUCUGUCCAGCUGACCCGUGCGGCGGUGGCAGCUGCUGCCACCUCGGCUGCUCCCUCACCCACCUCCGAGUCCCCCAGAACGUUGACCAAGAAGCCCAAGAACACCACCACCCCGUGCCAGUUGGUGCCCAUGGUGGCCAUAGGACUUAGUGAACGGCUGUGUGCUGAGCAGUACCUCACCCAGCCCAGGCCGGUCCCAGCUGCAUCGCAGGCUCCCACCUCACAGGGUGUCCCAUCUUCAGACAGUGAGUCCACACCCACGAAGUCAGAGGCUGGGAGACCUGAGUCUGUCACCGUGAGCUCCCUGAUGACUACCCCCCAGGGCCCCAAGGGCCAAGGGGCCGGGCGGUCCGCAUCCAAGCUCAGGAUUGCUCACGCCUCCUCCAUCCCACCUGACUCACCAGACUCUCUGUGGCGGGAACGGGUGCUGGCUCCUCUCCUGCCAGAUAACUCCAGCACCAAGACAGGCUCCCACUCCAACACACGGUCAGUGCGGCGCAGCUUGAUCCCCUCAGGUCCCCAGGAGGAGCAGGAGGACACGGUCCGCAGGUCUAGCAAAAGGCUAGCCAACAAGACCCCCAAAGAACCGGCCGCUUCUGCCCGUAUCAUCUGUCACAGUUACCUGGAGAGACUCCUGAAUGUGGAGGUACCCCAGAAAAUCAUCCCCAACCUGAAGGAGCCCAGCCAGGAAGCAGAGCCCUUAGAGGCCACGGAGCUGGAGAACUCCAAGAACAAAGAGAACAGCUUGUGGCCUCAAAAAACCACCAAGAUCACCAUUAGCACAUCCGGCUCACAGCCUGAAGCUGGCGACCAGGAAUCCUCCUCUGAAAGCCAGAAUGAGUCCACGCCUGACAAGGCAGAUGAGACCAAGGAACCGCCUAAGAGUGUCAGGAGAAAGCGCAGCUACAAGCAGGCGGUGAGCGAGCUGGACGAGGAACGGCACCUAGACGAUGAGGAGCUGCAGCCCCCCAGAAACAAGACCCCCUCCCCACCCUGCCCUGCCAACAAGGUGGUACGGCCCCUGCGCACCUUCCUGCACACAGUGCAGAGGAACCAGAUGCUCAUGACCCCGACCUCCACAUCCCGCAACAGCGUCAUGAAGUCUUUCAUCAAGCGUAACACCCCAUUGCGCGUGGACCCCAAGUGCAGCUUUGUCGAGAAGGAGCGGCAGCGCCUGGAGACCCUGCGGCGGAAGGAGGAGGCCGAGCAGCUCCGCCGACAGAAAGUGGAGGAGGACAAGCGGCGGCGACUGGAGGAGGUGAAACUGAAACGUGAGCAGCGCCUCCGCAAGGUGCUGCAGGCCCGCGAGCGGGUGGAGCAGUUGAAGGAGGAGAAGAAGAAGCAGAUGGAGCAGAAGCUUGCUCAGAUCGACGAGAAGACCGAGAAGGCCAAGGAGGAGCGGCUGGCAGAGGAGAAAGCUAAGAAAAAGGCAGCAGCCAAGAAAAUGGAGGAGGUGGAGGCACGCAGGAAGCAGGAAGAGGAGGCUCGGAGGCUCAAGUGGCUGCAGCAGGUGAGUGAGGAACGACGCCACCAAGAGCUGUUGCAGAAGAAGAAAGAGGAGGAACAGGAACGGCUGCGGAAGGCAGCGGAGGCCAAGAGGCUGGCGGAGCAGCAGGAGCGGGAGCAGGAGCGGCAGCUAGCGGAGCAGCAGAAGCGGAAGGACCUCGAGCGCAAGAGGGAGCUGGAGCGGCUCCAGGCUGAGAGGGAGGCACAGGAAAGGGAGAAAGCCCUGCGGUUACAGAAAGAACGGCUGCAGAGAGAACUGGAGGAAAAGAAGAAUAAGGAAGAACAGCAGCGUCUGGCUGAGCAGCGGCUGCAGGCGGAGCAGGAGAAAAAAGGCAAGGAGGCGGCGGUGGUCAGCAAAGGCCCGAGUGUGACCAUGGACGUGCAGUCUCCAGCUUGUACCUCUUAUCAGAUGACUCCACAAGGGCACAGGGGGGUCCCCAAGAUCAACCCAGAUAACUACGGAAUGGACCUGAACAGCGAUGACUCCACCGAUGACGAGGCCCACCCCCGGAAGCCCAUCCCCGCCUGGGCCAGCGGUACCCAGCUCAGCCAGGCCAUCAUCCACCAGUACUACCACCCCUUGAACCUUCUCGAACUCUUUGGGACCAUUCUCCCACUGGACUUGGAGGACAUCUUCAAGAAGAGCAAGCCACGCUAUCACAAACGCACCAGCUCUGCUGUCUGGAACUCGCCGCCCCUGCAGGCCAGCAGGGUCCCUGGCAGCUUGACGUAUGGUCUGAAGAAGUACUGA